UGGACUCUGGUGAACUCAGGUGAACUGCGACAGUCCCGGCAGUGACUACAGAGCCAUACGGAGACAAGUAGUCACUGGUCCCGGCCAGUUGAUAACUUGUUAGUUGAUAAAAAACAAUUUGUUAUUAAUACCUUACACUAUCGAUAAAUUUAUAUAUAAUUAUUAAUAAUUAUGGCGCAUAUUAUUAAAAAAGAGAUUUAAGAGUUUUACAUUGGCAUAAGUUAGAGCCAAAUUUGUAAAAUAUUAACUAAUUGUAUGUAAAAGGAACAUAGCAAAGCCCAAUAUUUUCAAAAAUAUAAAAUAAAACCAUGGCAAAUAUGUUAACUCCGUUUGUACAUUGGGCUCAAACAGAAAAUCAAGUAACAUUAAAGGUAGAUUUAACUGAUGUUAAGGAUGUUAAUGUCGAUUUGGAUGAAAAAACAUUAAGAGUUAUUGCUUAUGGGCAAGGUGCUCGAGGACUUAAUAAGUAUGGAUUUAAUCUCGACUUACAUUCAUCCAUUGACUCAGAGGAAAGUAAUUUUAAAGUAAUAAAUCGGCAGAUUGAUUUUACAUUAAAAAAGAGAUCCCCUGCAUGGUGGCCUAGAUUAACUAGUCAACCACAAAAGCCAUCGUGGUUGAAAAUUGAUUUUGAUAAAUGGACAAGUGAAGAUUUAGAGGAUAAUGAAGAUGAAAAACGAGAUAUCUGUAAUGAUUACCCUGGGAUGUAUGAUAAACUCCAUAAAGAAGAAUUUGGUUAUAGAAAAGAAAAUUUCAAGUUGGCGUAUUUAAUCAUUUACAAUCUGUGUCAGUUUGUUGGUUUUUCGUAUAUCCAUACUGUAAUGGGAAUAAUAUAUUCAAGAGAUGGACCAGCUUGUGUGAAAGAAACAUAUGCAGCUGUUGGGAAUGCAAUGAAAUUUAUACAACUUCUACAAUUUCUAGAAGUUAUGCAUUCGUUAUUUGGGUAUACUAAAAGUAGUACACUUAUGUCAUUUGUACAAGUUGGAGGCAGAGCAUUUAUUUUAUUUUGUAUGAUCGAAGCUGAACCACGAAUGCAAACAAAACCAGUUGUUUCUUAUCUUUUACUUGUUUGGAGUACAGUGGAAAUAUUUAGAUAUCCAUAUUACAUUACUCAAUUAUUAAAAAUAGAACUUCCACUUUUAACAUGGUUGAGAUAUACAAUUUGGAUGCCAUUAUAUCCAUUGGGUUUUCUUUGUGAAGGUAUCAUAAUACUGAGAAAUAUUCCAUAUUUUGAAGAAACACAGAAAUUUACUAUAUCUUUACCAAAUGCUUGGAACUUUGCAUUUCAUUUUCCAUCAUUUUUAAAGAUAUAUUUACUAAUAUUUUGUUUACCUCUUAUAUACACGUUAAUGUCUCGUAUGAAUCAAGCACGUUAUAAAAAGUUAGGCAAACCCAAGUUAAGAAAAAAAUACGCAUAAUUUUAUAAUGUAGGAUUGAAGCUUUAACUUCUUAACAAAUUUUAUUGACGGUUCAGUUAUUUAUUACAUAAUUGAUAAUGAAAUUUAUGAAAGGAAUAAAUAAUAAAGUAUGACUGUAUAUAUAUAUUAAAUAUAUGUAUAUGUAUAUUAAUUUAUGAUUUUGUAUGUAUGUACAUACAGUAGACAAAAUAUUAGUAAGUUUUAGUGGUAUAUAAUUUUUUUUUUCAUACGUUUUUAGGUAUUACGUUUGAAAUGUAAUACAUGAUUAUUAAUAUAUCUGGAUAAGCAAAUUUUUCAUAGUGAAUAUCUUAAAAAAUGUAUAAAUAGGUACUCUAUGAUGAGAUCAAGCUCUUUGCACAGAAUGACAGUCAUUAAUUUCUGUACAUCAUUCGGUUUAUGAUAAACAGUAUUAAGAAUAGUAA